GGAUCUUCAACUUCGAUCUCCGCGCAACUUCAAAUUCGGCAGAACAAGCGAACGCUCCGGGGACCAAGAUCAAGAUGGCGGCCGAGAUUCCGCUGCCGCUGCGCAGCCUAUGGCUGCAAGCCCACGCUCCGCGAUCACGCGACGAGACCACGUGCGUCUUACGCCAGCUCCAGCGACUGCACGGCGAGCAUGGCUGGCGCACCGUCCAGCAGCUGCUGCACUGGGUCCAGUCCGGUGCGACCAUUCGCCCAUGUGCAUGCUGCCACGCCGACUGCGCUGCGUCCUGGACGUCGACACGCCACCUGGAAAAAACCAUCGAAUACGAGCAGUUUCUUCUCUCGUCGGCGCUCCGCCACGUCGCCGUGACGCUCAAAGAAGACCGCGCGUGGACUCUCAGCGCGCUCGACGCCCUGUAUCCCGUCACCACGUGCCUUGAAGUCGUGCUCCUCGAGCACGACGCAGUCAAGCCAUUAGGACGCAUCUGGCAGCAUCUUCGCCUCGCGUGCGGCGGCACCGCCUACGUGGAGCGCCACGCAGCGCUUGUCGCGUCGUACGAUGCUGCGCGCUGGUGCACAGCAACCACGAAGGCAAUGGAUCAGCUCUUCGUGCCCAAGUUUAGCAACGUCGUGGACCCAUUUCCCGAAUUUACAGCGUCGGCCACACCCAUCGUGCUCUCGGGCUUCCAGACGACGUUUCAUCCGCGCAUGCCCCGGAUGCUCGAGACACACAAGGCCUCGGACACGGUGCUGGGGUAUGCGUGGUCGACCGACGACGCAAGCCUCUUCUUGCUCAAGGCUGCGGAGCUGCAGAUCGCGCUGGGGCGACUCCUGUACGCCAAGCAGACGCGGGUCGACGCAGGUCUUUCAUCGCAGCCCGCCCUAUUUGUCUUUUCGUGUCAUCCGAGCAAGACGCGCGAGGCCUUGCACGAUGUGCCGAUCGCUUCCCACCUGCCGAUGGACUGCAGCUCGGUGCCGUACCUCGUGGAGUUUCGACGCGGCAACGUUCCGAUUGUGCUGUCAAUCCCGCACGGCGGCGGGACGUCGGCGGCGACGGCUUUGGGUCGGUGGCAGCUGUCCCAGUUGACGCAGCGCACACCGUCCAAGACAAGUGCCAAGCGCUUUACUGUCUUUGCCGACACGCGCACCGUCCACGUGGGCGCGGACGCGUCCAAGGCACUCGACGGACUCACCGACGGCGCGCAGCCGUAUAUGGUCAUUGCCAAGUUCCACCGCAAGUUUGUCGACGUCAACCGCGCGCACAACGAAGACGCGUACGUGGACGACACGCCGUGGACGCAGCACAUGUAUGCCACAUACCACAGCACGCUGCUGCACGCACUGCAAGAGAUAUGGCUACGAUUUCCCAUGUUUGACCCGCUCUUGCUCGAUAUCCACGGCCAGCGUGCCGCCACGUGCCCGCGCCUCGGUAUCUCGAACCUCGAGUCGAAGCAGCUCCUGUAUAUUGGCACACACAACGGCCUCACGAUUCACUCGAUGGACGUCAUGCAGCGGUAUUUUCUCGGUCAUUUGCACGGAGCCCUCCAAGAGCAAGCGUGGCUGGGCAUCUACCCACUUGCUGAGCGGGACAAAGACGGCGGCUACGCCUGGGGCUUGGAGCGAAAGGAGUUUCUGGGUGGCUACAUUGUCCGAACGUACGGGCAUGGCGCGACCGGGGCAAACGCUGUCCAGCUCGAGUUUGGCGCGUCGAUGCGCGGUGCCGACGUCGACUUGCACCCGGACGAGUCCAAGGCCCAGCGCCAGCGUACGUCGGAAGCACUCGCUGUCGCAAUGGCCAGCUAUAUCGAGCACAUUGGUCUUGGAUUCGGCCUUCUGGAGCGCGACGUGUAUUCCUAAGCGCUAUCUGUAAAUUUGAAGUGUGUUGUACCUCGAAAUACUAUAUAUGAAGUUCUGCGCAGUAGGUGUGCUUCUAGUGCGAAAGAAGGCGAGCACUCGGACCUCAACUGCGCCUCUGUACGCUUUCACCGAAUCCUCCCAUCUCCCUACUUGCCACCACAGAGGGUUCACAGCAAGGUCGUCGCCAGGUGAUCUGCAACGUCAACCGCUCAUUUAGAUGUAUAUUGGCGUAUGACCGACAAGAGCUGUCUUCUUCUGGUUCUGCGGUACAUCCUGCUAGUGCCCACCUUGCGCUCUUCUCGCGGCAACUGCGGCGCGCUUCAACUUCAACAUGGCAGCAGGCGUAAC